GACGCCCAUGAACACAAAUAAAUAAUUUUGACGCCCUUAGUAGCUUGACUUUCUGGUCUGCUCUGGUCAAUCGAGAAAUGAUAUGUAGUUGUGUGCAGGCAAUCACCGUAUAUAAUGCGCGUAUCAGUUCCAGAGCAACGAUGAAGCUAUCUCGUCAUUUAUUCUCCACGCGCUAGCGAUGAUGAGACGCUCAUGCUCGUAGUAUAAUCAUUAUCUGAUCCCAAUUCGGCCACAAUGUCUUGGAGGAAAAUCUUUGGUUUGUGUUGGAGAACCAAAGACGCUUGGGUCCUGUCGUUAAUGAUUCAGGCUUGCUGCUUGCAAAAUGUUCGUUGUGGUUUGCAAGCCUUGUCAAUCAUCGCUAAGCCGGCAUCGCAAAGCAUGGGUUACUACCCAGCAUCAAAUGCUGUCGAUGGCGUCAUGUCUACAUUCUCACACGGAGCUGAGGGUGGCGACCCGCAUCCUUGGUGGCGAGUUGACCUCGUGACUGAACACUGCCUGGGUGAAAUCUCCGUCACUACCCGACAAUCUUGUUGUGGCGAGUAUCGCUUCACGGGAGCGGUAGCUCGAGCGGGCCUGAGCCCAAACUACACCGAGAACCAACCGUGCGGCUCACCGGCCACAAGAGCCCAGUCCACCACCGGGGCGACGCAUGUGUUCCUGUGUGAUGCGCCAAGGAUGGCUAGGUACGUCACCCUGGACAUAGACCCGUCCAACCCCGAUGUAACAGACGCGCGCCUGAUGCUGGCUGAGGUGACUGUGAAAGAAUACACAGCCGGAGAAUGUCCAAGUCUUGAUGGUCCUACUACGACUGUGGCUCCAACAACUAGGCAAACUAGCACCGAGUUCCCCAAGACCAGAAAAUCCGGUUUGCAAAUGCUGUAUAAAGGAGGGCUGAUCGGAAACUCCGUACCCCUGUCGACCAAGAAGGCCAAAUCUCUUCUGAGGUGUGCCGGCUACUGCAGCAAAGAUGCCCACUGUUUCUCCUUCGACUUCGCGCCAGUCAGCGGCCAAUGCCGCCUGCAUAACCUAAACUCGACAGAUAUAGAGAUGUCGCCCAACGAGGACUCCUCAGUCUAUGUUAAGAAUAUUUAGAAGAGUUGUGAAUCGAACACAGCCGACGUGUGUAUCUUAUUGAAUAACUAAGUGUGCCUUUUAUCGUUUUUAAGGUAUUAUAUUAACCCGUUAAUCUACACUCUUAAUAUCUUAAAAUUAGCAUCAAAUGUAGAUGAUUUGGAAUAAUAAGGCCUUAUAGCCAGUCGCUCAUCAGCUAUUUCUGUCUUUAUUUCAUUACAAAAAAAUAAUAUAUUUGAAGAAAACAUUUUGUGUGUGUGAAUAUGUAACAUUUGCAUUGCCCGUCUAUUGGUUGCAUUAUAUUAAAAUGCAUUGUUAAAAUUGUGUAUACUAUA